AUGGAGUCCUUCAUCUUUGGUCUUUUUCCCAUGCUUUCUGUUGGUCAACAACCAACCACAACUCUCUAUAGUCAAAACACUAGUCCUGCAGGCUUGACGGAGUUCAGAGUUCAGUCUGUAUGGAGGGAAUUUCUUUUGUCUGAAUCAAUCAUGCCUCAACUGGAUCAAUUCACUUAUUUCACACAAUUCUUCUGGUUCUGCCUUUUCUUCUUUACUUUCUAUAUUCUCUACAAGUUCUAUCUCCCAGAUGAUUGGGAAGUCAAAGUUUUUUUGUUCUUUAUUACAAAACCCAAAUUGCGAAAAAUUCUUUCUUUUUUUCAAUGGGCCUUUUUUUACUAUUUUUUGGUACGCCUUGGAUUCACCCUGUACAACUUCGUUUCUCUUUAUCAAUUCUUUGAUCUUUCCCUGUUCCCGGUGCUCCCAACUACUAGCCAUUCCUCCGGUGGAUCCAACUCCAUAGUGGGUGUGGGUUCACACGAAGGUUCGAGCUCGGGUUGGACCUCCUUCGACCUCAACGUUUUAGCAGAGGAGGAAGAUGAGGUUGCCCGCCCCCGCCCCCUUCCUCAGCUCGACCCGGGGACAGAGGACCCUAUAUAUAGAGCUGUCGAUGCAAUCAUAACAAGUUGCGAAAAUGAAGAAGCUCGGAUAGUGGAAAAAGCUCAGACUUUACUUCUCAAAAAGGGCGCCCCUCAUCUCACGGAUGAGGACAAAGAGGAUAUUAGACGAGCCAUCAACAUGGCUCUCUACGAUGCCUGGGAAACAGACAUCGAUAGGCGGCUAGAGCAGUUCCGAAGGAUACGACGCUUCUUAGGGACAGGUAACUCUCCCGUUUGGAACACUUUUAUAGAUGAGAUGGUUGCGUUAGGGAAUGAAAGAUUUCAGAACUUUAAAAAAAAGGGAAUAGAACUGAACUACAUGGGCUUGAUUCCGAGGUUGAAUCGGAUAUGUAGGCAAGUCCAUUACAAGAAAGAAGUUGGACCCCAGCCCAACAGGUGUAUGCAUUAAAAAAUGAGAUAAGCAUUUAUUUGCUUACCUAUGGAACUAUGAAAUCCUCUAUCGCCCGAGAACCGUGGGGAUUUCAAAGAAGGUUGG